UCCAUUGUUGGUCAAUUCUCUCGACGGCUGCUGCAGAAGAAAAAUGGCAGGUGGAAAGAAAUUGACGAAGGAAGAGGAGCUUUUGCUCCAAGAUUUCAGCAGGAAUGUAUCAACUAAAUCGUCUGCACUAUUCUACGGAAAUGCAUUUAUCGUCUCGGCCAUUCCAACGUGGUUGUUUUGGCGUAUUCAUCAGGUGGAUCUGUUCCAGUCCCAGUCCAUUGUGAUGUUUGUUAUUAUGACACUCAUUAGUAGCUGGUUGGUUGCCUUCGCAUACAAGAAUGUCAAGUUUGUCCUGAAGCACAAGGUUGCUCCCAAAAGAGAGGAUGCAGUUACCAAGGAAGUGAUGAAGAAACUCAGUGAUGCAGACAGUAAGAAGAUGUCACGAAAGGAAAAAGAUGAGAGGAUCCUGUGGAAGAAGAAUGAAGUAGCUGAUUACGAAGCCACAACCUUCUCAAUAUUCUACAACAACGCCCUCUUCCUUCUACUUGUUCUCUUCAUGUCUUUCUUCGCUCUCAAGUCACAAGAUCCAAAUAUCAACUAUAUUUUGUCAGUAGCGCUCUCUGCAGGACUCCUGGCCCUCCUAUCAACGGGACAGAAAUAGUCACCUUCUCUUCUCAUUUCUUAGCUGUUUGUAGUCAGAUGAAAUUUAGUGUAGAAUAUAUAAACAUGAAUGAUAUUUGCAAUUGUUUCAAUACUCUUUUCUCUUGUCAAUCUUUUGUUUUUUUCUUCAAAACUCUUUAUUUGUUGCUUUAUCCCUAAAAAGUUGUUGGGUAAAUGAUUCGUAAAUAUUUUCAACGCUUUCCUGAUGGUUGUGAUAAUGAUCUGUGACGAUAGGGGAAUUAUGGAUCACCUGGGCAUCAGGACAUAAAGCUUAGGCGAUUGAUAGUAGGGAUGAUUUCUACGAUUAAUUGCAUUGAUUAUUGUGCAUGAUCAAUCUUGAAAAUCACCUCUACAAUUGAUUGCUAAGUUUUAUGUUAUGAGGCCCUGGAACUGCUUGAUACAGUGGGUAUUAAACUGCAUGGUUCUAUUGGACACCGAAUUAUGCAAGAAGAUAUUUCAAAACAACGUUCAAUGUCAAACUGCCAGGGAUUCUCAGAUUUAACAAUGUGAAGGGAAGGUUCAGUUUUGGAGUAAGGUGAAAAAUUAUUGGAGCUUUUGCAUUCUGUUUUUGUCAAUCUAGGAAGAAAUGUGAUCAAAUAGUUCCACUGCAACAAUGUGCAAGUUGUUAUGGUAAUAAUGAUGAUGAUUAUGUCAUAUUUACCAAGGGUAGCCACUUCAGUUCAGAAAACUUUUCUUCAAGUGGGCCCUGAUUAGUAUGAAAAUGUUAUUAUUACUUCAGCUGGGCUGCCUAGGCGCUUCGGCUUUUGAGGAUUUUCUUCCUACCGGGUACCCAUUUACUCCACCUGGGUGGAGAGUGGCAAAUGGAGAUAUUGCUAAAGGACGUGUGUGUUGCAGUGGGAUUUGAAGUCGGGACCUUGCGGUUCAUAGUCUGGAGACUUAUCCACUCAUUCACAAUGCCUUUAAUUGUUGCUCUUCAAAAACCUGAGUAAAUGUAUUUCACCUGACAGAAAUGAUGCAUUCCAUGAAUCGGAAUAAGUUAAAAUGGUUUUUUUUUUCAGGUCACAUUUAUUGUAUGUUUCUUAAAAGUAUUAGAUUAAUGAAGCAUUUUUUUUCUCCAUUUGUCUGUGUUGCAUCAUGAAAGAGAAACCAUUGAUAAUAUUAAAUACACUUAUUUUAUAAAUCA